CUGUCGAGAUUUAUUCUUUCAGGUGGAGUUUUCAUCUCGUCGCAGUGGACUGAGAAUAAGUCGGUUGAUGCUCCUUUACCAUUCAGAAAUGUUAUUGGGAAAGCGCUUGCGGUGAUUCGCUCAAAUCCGAUCGCUCUUGUGAUCAGUGUGACCUCAUGCUGUGCUGAAAUGGCUAUUCAUAUGUUUGUUUUUGUAUGGGCACCGCUGUUUAUCAAAGCCGAGCAUAAAGGAACAAGGAUCCGUGAGCUGCCGUUCUACAGCACUGACUGGACUGAGACCCGCUUCGAACGUGUUUUCCUUUGCCUAGUAAUUUUCGAGCUCACUUGCGGUGUUUAUAGUCCAGCCAUGGAGGCCUUACAGACGACCGUAUUGCCAUACUUGCAUCAACGGUCUGUUCUUCUUGCUCUUGUUCGACUACCGUUGACAUUUUUCGUUUCGUUGACAAUCCUCACAUUCUUCGCUACACCUGGAGGAGAAUUCAAACUGAUGAUAUUUAUUGUAGUGUAAGU